UAUAUUUAGAAAUUCAGAGACUGCGCAACAAGACAAUCUCUCUGACAUGAUGUGGAGUGUGUGGCCUGAACUGCCAGCAUUUGGUCGUAAAGCUGCGCAGUUUGUGGAUCUCCUGGGCUACUUCACCAUUAAACGCUCUCUGUCUGAAGAGAAAGCUGCGGAAUUUUCUGAGAAAGCGAUUGCAUUGUUGACGAAACAAAAUGAAAUUCUCCGAAAUCAUGCGAACUCAAAUGUUUACAGGUCAGUAAUACUUCUCAAAAGACUGAUCACUCAUCAAGAUGCAUCAUUAAUGAAAUAAUUGUACUCCUCUCAACCAAUCAGCAUCCAGUAAUUUUGUCAUGCUAAUAAUAAGAUGCCAAAUAAAUGGAAUGGAGUAAUGUGGUUGUGUUGUACCUAUAAAUGUUUAAUCUUUAUGCAUGGUUUCUUAUUCAGUAUUCUAUGUUUGUAGGUUACUUUCUGGCUUGGUGGACUUCGAUGGUUUCUAUUUAGAAAGUGAUCCUUGCUUGGUGUGCAAUAAUCCUGAAGUGCCGUACAAUAAUAACAAACUCUCAGCGAUCAAAGCAGAUGCGAGAUUCUCGACAACAUCUCAUAUGGUGAAAUUGGUUGGAAGCCAUAAUAUCUCCAAAGUCACUCUUCGUGUCACUGAUGUCAAACGACAGAAAAUGGUGAGACAUAGUGGUUCUCAUGUUGGGUGUCUGUGGUCGAGUGGUUGCUGGAUGUGCUUUUCACCUUUUAUAAGCGCUGUUCAACUGUUGUUUGAUUGACAUUUUGCUUCACUCAAACUGAGAACAUGUUUUUCCCCGGACACUUUCUCUUGUAAUAACACUCAACUUGCACGGUACAAGUUUUCAGCAAAAAGGUUUUCAGCAAAACUGGAUGGUCCUUACUGGGGGCCUUUAGAGCUAUCCAGUAUAAACAAAGUUAGUUUAAUUCAGGUUUCCUCCUGUAGUAACACUGGAUCAAUAAGGGAUGAUCCUUACUGGACCUCUAGGAAGAACAGUUUAGAACUGAUAGAACUAUCCAGUAUAAAUAAAGUUAGUUUAAUUUAGGUUUCCUCCUGCAGUAGAAUUGUUCUAGUUUUGAAAUACAUAUAUACUAUAUACACACAGCACUAAAAACUGACCUCUCUAUUUCAGGUGAAAACAAUUAAUCUCUACUACAACAACAGAUCUGUUCAGUCAGUCGUAGAACUAAAAAACAAGACAGCGGUCUGGCAAAAGGCAAAGAAAUGCCAUCUUAUUCAAGGACAAACUGAGGUCAAAAUCGAAUUUCCUCUGCCAAUCGUUGCAUGCAAUCUCAUGAUAGAGUACGCAGAUUUCUAUGAGAAUCUUCAAGCGUCUUCAGAAACACUGCAGUGUCCUAGAUGUAGCGCUCCAGUUCCAGCCAACCCUGGCGUCUGUGGAAACUGUGGAGAGAAUGUUUAUCAGUGCCAUAAGUGCAGGUAUGGAACGUCUUUCUUGAAAUACAUGCCUGGCAACUUACACUAGGUACUGUAGUAUUCUACAGUAAGCUGCUGUGGUUUGUGUCUGAUAUGGCUGAAAAAGAUAUCUCAAAUGUAGGGGGUUCAAGUAGUUCAGCUUUAUGUAGAACACCACCUACAAAAGUGUCAACCGAUUCCCAUGUUUGAGAUAUCAAUUUGUUUUGUUCUCAACUGUUUUUAGAUCAAUCAAUUACGAUGAAAAAGACCCGUUCCUCUGCAAUGCUUGUGGUUUCUGCAAGUAUGCCAAGUUCGAUCUAACAUUGACAGCCAAACCUUGUUGUGCUGUAGACCCAAUUGAAAACGAAGAGGACAGGAAGAAGGUAUGAUAUUGCUGAAAUAACUCAACUAUAUUAACGUUAUAUUGAGUAACUCUAUCAGUUCUGAACUGUUCCCCCAUCAUCUUGUAUUGGGGUGUUUGGUAGAGUCAAACUGGAAGCAUUCUUGUCACAUGUGACUGAGAUGAAAUUGUAAUGAGACAAGUACAUAUUGCAGGAAAUAAAGCUUGGUGACAAAGAUGAAAGAUGCAUGCACUAACCACUAACCACAGUGUCCGCAAGACGCCAUAAUACUUUGUCUUGUUUUUUGUAGGCUGUCACAAGUAUCAACACUUUACUGGAUCGUGCUGAUAAAAUGUAUCGUCAGUUGGUCGCUCAUAGACAGCCAUUGGAUUCCUUGUUGAUGAAGAUAGCAGAACAGGGAGAUAAUGAUUUUAUUAAGGUAUAACGUAUUAGUAUGACAUCAUAAUGACAUCACUGUGACGUCACUGAACAAGGUUGAAUAAUAUUCAUUGUUCAACGUGUCAAAAAUAGCCUUAACUAAACUUGUUUAUACUGGAUAGCUUUAUCUUGUCAUCAAUAUCAUUUUCAGAGUGAAACAUCCCAUGUGAGUACGUCAUCAGUCUCGGGCAAUGCGGGCGGUCAGACUGUGAAUAAAAGUAUUCAAGCUGUAGCUCAGAGAUAUUGUGUUGACUGUAAGGGCAACUUUGAUGAACUUAGCAAGAUUACACAGGUAUGUCACAUGGGGGGGGGGGGGGUUGCAGACAUUUGCAGAGUAAGAAAAAUGUGAUUGUUAGUUAUUACGAGUGUACAGUAGUACUUAAAUUUCUACUGUAAUAAUAAUUUGCAGAAAGUGCUUGCAUCCCGUAAAGAAUUGAUCGAAUACGAUACUCGCGUUAGAGACAAAAUAACAUCAAGUGAAGGCACACAACCACGAGCACCAGCCAAGCAACUCUCUACAAUAUCAGAUGCACAAUCUGUUCCUGGACGAUGUUAUGGAUGUUCCUCUGCAGCCACUGAACACUGUGUGACUUUAUUGAAAGCUUUGGCAAUGAAACCAUCUACACGAGACACGCUCAUUAAAGAGGUAAAUUAAGACGAUUCUCUUUAAAUGCCUGAGCCGACCUUGAUAACUAAAACCUGCCUUUCUAGAGCUCCUGUAAGGCUUAUCCUUAUUGGUCAAGUGUUACUACAGGGUGAAACUAUAAUUCUCAGAGAAGAGUUAUGGUGUUUGGUAGAGUCAAACAUGAAAAACUCUUUUUGAUGUGACGAUAUCGUAAUUAUGCAUCUGCAUAUUUCAGGAAGGAAACCCCAGACACAGAGAUGAAUGUCUCGUGCACCAGUUACUGUGACACUGUCCGCUAGGCUGCUCAACCUUAUCCGAUAUUUCAGUGUUUACAUCUCAAUUAUUUAGGGUCUGAUUGUUGAAUUGGUGAACUUCACCUUGUAUCAAGGAACAUGUUCAAUCAGAAACAAUGUUCGAGAUCUACUGUGCCUUUUGACAAGAAAUAAUCCUGAUGCUGCCGCAGAACUCAAUACAAUACUGGUGGAUAGAGUUACCAAAGGAAUGAAAGAACAAAGUAUAAACCCCUCUGUGGUAAGUUUAUCUUGCGACAUUAACAACAUCUUAACAAUCACUAUUUACGUACAGUGAUUUGUAAGUCUUAAACUAUUCCUGCAGUUCUACUCCUAACUGUUAUUCUUAUACUAACCUUUACGUUUUCACCAAUCUCCUAACCCUCAAGCAAGUUUGAGUUGAAUAAAAAUGUUGUUUUGUAGUCUUCCUCAAUAAGUCGUGAUAUGCAGUUGUUGACGAAAACUGUAGAACUAGAAGAUUCGUGUUGGGAGCAAAGAUUACGUUGUGGUAUGUUGAUUACCAUGUCAGACUUAGUGUGACCCUCCUAAUUUUAACCAUAAUUCACUUAUUUGUUGUGUUUUAGUGACUCAGAUAUUCUUACUAUCUGUACAACACGUGAGUCCUAUAGUGGUACAAGCCGUCACUCUACCUUGUCUCAAGAUCUUAUCUCAGUUUGUUAAACCAAAACCUGCUACAACUAAAACUAAUGCUGUAAGUUUUAUUCUCUAAUGACUAACUUUAUUUAUACUCGACAGUUCUAUCAGUUUUAAACUGUUCUCCCCUGGAGGUCCAGCAUUGGUCCAGUGUUCACACAAGGAAACUGGCUUACCUGGAGAAAACCUGUAAUGUUUGGUGGAACCAAACCGAAGGCUCUCUCCUCACAUACGACUGAGCUGAAAUUAUAAUCAGACGAUGCAGGAAUCAAACCAAUAGUUACCGAUGUUAUUAUCUAUGUGGUUUUCAACUUUCAUGAAUGUAAACAGGAUAACAUUACUGAACCAGAGUAGCGAUCAACAGCAUAUUUACAACGUAUCUUAACACAUUUUUAUUAUUAGAACAAGAAUAUCGACGAAAUAGCGUCAGUGAAAGCACAAGCCGCGCCAAUAGCAAACAUGAAGGACUGGAUCGAGUCCCAGCCGGAAGCAAGCUACGAAGAAUGGGAACGUCGCGCAACUCAGACGCCUGGGGCGAACGGGGCGAGCCUACAAGAGACGAGUGAUGAGUCAGUGGAUGACUUAAAUGAAGAAUGGUUAAGAAACGUCAUGUUCUCGCCAUCAUGUGGCGCUUUGAGACAAGUUGCAUGUAGUAUUGUAGAGACAGUAUGUCAGGUAAGACAUGAAGUACUUCAUAGUUAUGGGGAGGUUGAUGGUGGGCCCACGUCAGAAGUGUUGACAAGUAUUUAGGAUCGUUGACCAGCAUCUACGUCAGAAGUGUUGACAUGUAUUUAGGAUCAUUGACCAGCAUCUACUGCAGAAGUGUUGACAUGUAUUUAGGAUCGUUGACCAGCAUCUACUGCAGAAGUGUUGACAUGUAUUUAGGAUCGUUGACCAGCAUCUACUGCAGAAGUGUUGACAUGUAUUUAGGGAUCGAUCGUUGUCCAGCAUCGACUGCACUAUAGUGAAAGUGUCCUAAAUAGUCUGUGAUUAUAAACUGUGUGAUUGUUUUCUGUAGAUUCCUGGGCGGAAACGUAAGAUCAUGGAUCUACUGACCAGGUAUGGUUAUCAGGAGAUUAUUUGGGAGGUAACCUCAAACUCCUCACUGGGUUUUUAAUCUAUUUCAGCCGCCAGUUACCACAUUAUAAUACUGCCUGCAGUGGAACUCUACGUGUGAUAUUUGUGAAUCAACUUAUUUUUUAUUUAUUCUAGUUAUCUACAAGGUGUUGGCAAGGCUGGGGAAAAUGCGACGGAAUUUUUCAAUUUGUAUUCUGAGUUAAUGAAGCCAUCAUUGUGGAAAGGUUACCUCGCCACCAGUGGGGCCUUACUCAUUAUCAGAGAUCUCAUUAUGAACGUACGUGCCGUUGUUUGCAGCUGAGAAUGAACACUUACAGAUCAUGACCUGUAUUGCUUUCUUUUUAGGAGAAUGAACAGCUACAGAUUAUGACCUGUAUUGUUUUCUUUGUAGGAGAUCGAACAGCUACAGAUGAUGACCUAUAUUGUUUUCUUUUUAGGAGAUCGAACAGCUGACAGUUUUGGAAGAAACUACGUUAAGUUCAGAUCUAUCUCAAGGUUACUCAUUGAAGAGACUUACAGGUAUGUUUCGUUACAUCAUAACAACUUGAUGGCUUUAUUUUCUGACGAAUAUUGACUCGGCAGGUGAUAUUUUAAAAUCUUUUUGGUUAAAAUUUAAUGGUAACUUGCUCAACCAAAAGCAUAUCAAACUUCUAUCUUUGAGAAUUCUAGUAUCGCCAUGCCUAGAGUCAAUCACUGCUUUCCACUUCUAAAAAUGUUAUUUUAAACAAUCAACUAUAUUUUAUUACUUUGUGAUUUUAAAGUUGACGUUUUUCUUAAGAACUGAUGGCGUCCUUUGUGGAAGAUAAAAAGAUCAAGCAAGAUUUCAAAGGAAAACUUGUGGGUGCAGUUCUGAAUGGUUAUCUCUCACUACGCAGGUAACUGCCUUUCCUCCGAUCCUUAGUACUAUGCAGUGCUUAGCUCUAAAUUUCUAAAUGAAACCUUGAACCUUCGAUCUAGAUUGGUUGUGCAAAGAACGAAGUUAGUUGAUCAAAGUCAGGAAAUUUUGUUGAAUCUUUUGGGCGAACUGACGUCUGGUAUGUUUAUGUUGUAUUGUUUUAAUUAAUUAAUUACUUCAAUCUUCAAACAUACUCUCCUUUGAACAUGAUCUAGUGUAUAUUAUUUUGAUUCUGUCCUAAUCGUUUAGGAACUGAGUCUGAAACGAAAGAAUUUAUGGCAAUUUGUGUGAACACAUUAAAGAGGUUUGUAUCGUCUUUGAAGUCAGACGAUGGUAGAUUUCAGAAAAUUGUAGUUUCCAAUAACAAUAUUCUUACCUUUCAGAUAUGAACUGGAUGACCUACGUACUCCUGUGUUCAUCUUCGAACGACUGUGUAACAUAAUCUAUCCUGUAAGUAUGAUAGCAUGCGUUGGUUGUGUAACAUCAUUUAUCCUGUAAGUAUGAUAGCAUCUCUCAAGCUGGGUAGAUCUAUCAGUUCUAAACCAUCCUCUCUCUAUUUCAGGAGGAGAACGACACAAGUGAGUUUCUGUUGUUGUUAGAGAAAGAUCCUCAACAAGAAGAUUUCCUCCAAGGUCGCAUGCAGGGUAACCCUUACAAGUAAGUCGUACUUGAUAUCGUGAUGCAGGAUGAAUAUAAGUUUUACACACUCACAUUGUUAUUCUAGGUCGACUGAUACUGGGAUGGGUCCGUUAAUGAGAGAUGUUAAAAACAAGAUAUGCACGGAUUGUGAUCUGAUUGCUUUGCUUGAAGACGACACUGGCAUGGAGGUGAGUCUAAAUUUGCUUUCAUCGAGAAUUCCUAUGUUUCAUAUAUUCUUACAUAAUAUGUCUUUAUGUUUAGCUUCUCGUCAACUCUAAGAUCAUCAGCCUGGAUUUACCUGUCAAAGAAGUUUAUAAGAAGAUCUGGUGUCCACAGGGAGAGGUGAGACUUGCCGAAUCUAUCUUCAUCAAUCUAACUAACUAUAUACUGGAUAGCUUUAUCACUUCUAAGCUGUUCUUCCUACUUCCUAGUCCAGUAAGUCCAGUUCUUAUUGAUCCAGUGUCACUAUAGGAGGAAACGUAAACCUAAUCUCACUCGUGGAUUACAUUGACCUAAUUUAUUGUGUUAUAGGGUGAACCUAUGAAAGUAGUUUACCGAAUGAGAGGUACAGUUAUUGUUAUUUAUUUUACAUCGUGCAGAAGACAUCGUGUAAACUGUUUUCACACAUUGUUGUGUAGGAUUAUUGGGCGACGCCACUGAGGAUAUUGUUGAACAUCUGGAUAAAAACAAUCGUAAGUUGAUGAAAAAGACUGAAUGCAAAUGUUUAAUUGUGAGUCAUUCACAUAUUAAUGAGUCUUGCGUUUAUUUUUCAGAGAAAGGUGUUGAUAAUGAGAUUGUGUACAAGAUGGCAAACGUGAUGAAUGAGUGUGGAGGUCUGGAGGCCAUCUUGAAAAGGUGAAACACAUAUACUUGCUGAACGUCUAGGGAAAACUGUUUAGAACUGAUAGAACUGUCCUAUGUGAAUAAAGUUAAGAAUUUCCUAAAUUACUUUUCGUGUUUGUCAGGUUGUCAGGAUUACGAGACUUAGUUCGUGGGCGUCAACUUCUUGAAGUCAUCUUGAAAUUAUUUGGUUUUUGUGUCAAAGUCAAGGUAUGAUAUCUCAACUACAUGCUUGCAAAAGUUGUUUAGAAAUUUCCUAAAUGUUAUUUAAGAUUGUACACUCAAAAUUCAACCCUGUUUUUAGGCAAAUCGUGAUUAUCUUGCGAAACCAUCGCUCAAGACUUUGAAAAUCUUGCUGGACGUUUUGAACCAGGUGAACUUUCAUGUUUUAUUUUAGUGGAUUUGUUCAACCAGCAGUUGGAAAAUAAAUUGUAUUUAUUCCAUUAUACGAAAUAUUCUUGUAUUCGGUUUUGAAUAAAUACGUAUGUAGUUUCAUUUGCUUUCGCCACAACCUUCUUCAAGCCACACACAGUUUUUGGCUUUUUGCUACGUUGCGGAUUUGGCCUACAAGGCCAGAUUACCAACUGGCUUUGAUCACCAACCACGCCCAUCUCCAAACUUAGAUACUUGCUUUUAACAUUAAUUCAGUUCUCCAAUACAGACCUAUGGUUUCUGGUGUCUAUCUUUUUACGCUGAUUUCUCGACUAUAGAUCUUGCGUGUUGAACAAGCCACACCCAGUGGUAUUGGAACUAUGGCAGAACAAAUCUUGUCAAUUAUUGAAACUCUCCUGCAAGGAGGAGGUGCAAACAUGAAACUGAUGAUAGCUGCUGGACAAGAAGAAGAAUCUCAGUUAGAGAUGUUACUGGAGAUUAUCAAAACACCUUACGUUGUAAGUCACUGCUGAGUAUGGUAUGGUAAGAUAGUAUAGGGCUCACACUAACAUGAUCGUAUGGUAUACAGAACUUUUAUACAGAACAACUCUAUCUCGGCUAGAAGUAGUUUCUACCUACAGGUAGGAAAAUGUCUGGUAUUAAAUGCUCUCUUUUCUUUUCAAGCGUUCGAAUAACAACGUUCUACUGUCCUUGAUGCACAUUCUGCCCUUCUUAACGUUUGGAGAUAAGAAAAGUAUGAACGCUCUGAUUGAUCACUUUGAACCGUACCUUAAUUUUGAAAAGUAAGUUCCACUUGUGUUUCAGUAAGAGAUUGGAGUAGGAUUAGUCUUACGAUUAGAUUUAGAGUUUAGAUUAGGAUUAAAGUUUAGAUUAGGAUUUGGGUUGUAAUAAAAGUCAGGAUCAGAAAUUUUAGGUCAAAGUUCAGGAUUGUAAGAAUCAUUGACGAAUUUAUUCUCCAGGUUUGACAAAACGCAUUCAGAUGAUGAGCUGUUAUUCCUGGAAUGUUUCUGUAACAUUGCUGAUGGUAUUGAGGUAUGCCACUUGAUAUAGUUCUAGUGAUAAUGAUCGCUUGAUAUAGAUCUAGUGAUAUAACUCACUUGAUAUGAUAAUACCUCAUCACGGCAAUAAUCAGUUGGUCAUUUCUCGUAUCUUACCUAUUUAUCAGAAUGAUGAGAAUGGCAAUCAAUUGAAGAAUAUCAUAAUUGAUAAAGGAUUAGUACAACAAGCUGUUCAGUAUCUGGAGCUGUAUACUCCCUCGCAAGCAUUCAGGUAUGGCCAGGUCAUUCACAAAGCAUGGCUGACAGAUGUGGUUAGCGUGCUUUUACUGUGUGAUAUUACUAUGAUAUUACUCUUACUAUUAUGAUAUUUAGUGACUCGGUAUAUUUCUUUUUUCUUCAGCACAUCAAACUUGAGUGACACAGAUUUGUGGAAAGAAUUUCUUUCUCGGCCAUCUUUGCCAUUCAUUUUAAAAUUCUUGUCUGGAAUGUGCAAGGGUCAUGAACGUUCUCAGGUAAUGAGAGUUUAAGACCAGAGGAAAUAUUGUUCCUUAUGACUUAUCACAAACAUCUAGAUACCUAGUACUUCUUAAGACCAGAGGAAAUAUUGUUCCUUAUGACUUAUCACAAACAUCUAGAUACCUAGUACUUUUGAGUAAAUUGAUAAAUUACAACAAAUAUCGGCGGUGAUGGGUUCAUCUUUUGACGAGAAUCAUUAUUUACUUCAUUCGUUGUUUCCUCCCUCAGUUGGCAGUGUCUGAAACAGCAGUACCGACAAUCCAUCGUCUGGAACAAGUCUCAUCAGAAGAGAAAGUUGGAUCUUUGGCUGAGAACUUGAUGGAAGCUUUGAAAGAACAUCCUGACGCUAAAACGAAGGUAAAACUAACUUUCUUUAUACUGGAUAGCUUUAUCAAUCCUAAACUGUUCUCGCCAGAGGUCAAGCAAGGAUCAUCUUCGUAUUGACAACUGAUAACUACAUAAAUGUCAAAUACAGUGGUUAAAGUGUGUGGUUUGUUCCAGGUGACCGCCGUCCGUCGUGAAACCAGACUGGAAAAGAAGAAAUUGGCGAUGGCAAUGAGAAUGAAACAACUUGGAGCUCUCGGGAUGAGUGUAUGUCUUCUCAAUAUCGUUCUAGUAUUGUUGUAUUGACGUUUAUCACAUUCAAGCUCUCUUGACUCCUCUAGGCUACUGAAAGUGGAAAAAUAAUCACCAAACCCUCUGCAGUCGUUCAAGGAUUUGAAGAAAUUUCUAAUGAAACCGGUUUAACCUGUUGUAUUUGCCGUGAAGGUUAUAAAUAUCAUCCUAAUAAGGUGAGUGAAAUAACAGUUGACAGAAUGUUGUUAGUCCACACUUGCGAGUGAAAUAACAGUUGUCAGAAUAUUGUUAGUUCAUACUUGCGAGUGAAAUAGCAGUUGACAGAAUAUAGUGAAUUCUUUCUUAAAACACACGACGUAUUUUCAGGUUCUUGGUAUUUACACGUACACUAAGCGUUGCAUCUUGGAUAGUUUUGAAUUAAAACAACGAAAAACGCAGGUGAGUACUGUAUUUUAUUACAUUGGAAAUAAUGUGAAAUUGCUUGGCAGAUUCUGGAAGCUUUAGUAGAACUUGUGAUGUCUGUAAGGAAUCGAAAGACUUGCUAUAAGAUUGUCAAUUUUCCAAUCUAGGGUUACAGCACAGUCAGUCACUUCAAUAUUGUUCAUUAUGAAUGUCAUGUUGCGGCAAUCAGGUAACUAAUUGUAACAUCUCAAACGUGGUGUAUUGGACAAUAAGCUGCCGUAAUUUGUAUACCUGAAUUACCUGGAAAAAAUUAAAAGUUUUUCCAGUGGCUGAAGGACAAACGAUUUCCUAAAUAAUAUUUUUUUACAUUGUCAUGUGUUAGACUGGCUCGUGGUCGAGACGAGUGGGAGAGUGCGGCGUUGCAGAAUUCAAACACCAAGUGUAACGGAUUGUUGCCCAUCUGGGGACCACAGGUAAGGAGUUGAACGUAUAGUUCAAGAAAUGUUUAAUACUUAGUUUAUGGUGACAAUCAUUGCUUCUAACGUGAGAAACUUUAAUUGGACGUAUUUCAUCAUAUCGUUCGUAGGUUCCGGAGUCAUCAUUUGCAAGCUGUUUAGCGAGGUAUAUAUACUAUCUAACCACAUCUUUUGUUAAUCCAUUAAGCGCCAGUGAUAUUUUUUCUCUCAGAUAUUUUUUCUUGUUACUUCAGCGUAUACCCACUGUUUCUAUUUCUUCCCUCUUCAGACACAAUAACUACAUCCAAGAAGCGACGAGUCACAUUGAACCGACAUUUCACAACACUGUUCAUGAUAUGCGUCUGUUGCUCGAGAGAUUUGCCUUUGAGAAAUCUUUCAACGAAGAUUCCGGUGGUGGAGGCCGGCAGAGUAAUUUCAACAUCAUUCCUUAUAUGGUACACAUGGCCUUGUAUGUCAUGAACACGUAAGUAUGAUGCAGUACCAAACAUGGCAGGGUUUUCUCCAGAGAGAAGUCAUAAUCCAGUCUAAUAUCUUGAUAUUUCUAGUGCUCGUAUACGUAGCCUUGAGAAGUCCGUCACAACGUUUGUUGAAGAAACUCAUACCACUUGGAUCCAGUCAUCAUUUGAAGUUAGUAUUAAUUAUUAUUCAGUGUGGAAAGUGAACUUAGAGGAUACUGUAUGUUUAUUUUUUCCUUGUAUAAGUGUCAAAUUGUAUAUCAUUACGUUCCCCUAGUUUUCCAUCAUUCCUCUUGUGCUAAUACAAGUUCGACUUUAUUUUCGUAGGUGAAUGGUCCUCUCUUCAUGACUGUGUUGUCUCUGUUCACUCACUCCCUGGAGGAAUGGAAGAAGAUACGAAUGAUUUUCCUCAGUAGAUUAAUUGUCCUUGCUCAUGUUCGUGAAGUGUUUCCCAAAGGAGCCACAAAGUAAGAUCUCAAAGAAUUUGUAUUUAACUUUAUUUAUACUGGAUAUCAGUUCCAAACUGUUCUCUCUAGAGGUCCAGUAAGGAUCAUCUCUAAUUGAUCCAGUUUAGUUUAGGUUUCCUCCUGUAGUAACACUAACUUCAUACUGGAUAUCUCUAUCAGCUAUAAACUGUUCUCUCUAGAGGUCCAGUAAGGAUCAUCUCCUAUUGAUCCAGUGUUACUACAGUAGGAAACCAAAACAAAACAAACCAAAGCAACUGUCUUUUCUGUUGAUGUAUUCUUGUAGACUGAGCGAUGGUGAAGUGAAGGCUUACACUGUGUAUCGUCCUAUUCUCAUUUUCUUCGCUCUUGUUAACAAACUGCACCACAUGUUGAAGGUAUAAAGAUCUCGGUAACUGAUUUAUUUUUUAUAUCUUUGAUUCAAGUCGCGAAUAUUUUGUAAAUUAUUUCAUAGGAACAUCUUUCCUCGACAUCAUCUUGGUCGCAGGAUGUUGCCUCGUUCAUACGAAACAACGACGAGAAGAUCUUGAAAUCCUGUGAAGAGGUACACUCAUUUGUUUCGUUUUUUUAUUUUGGAGAUUUUCAGUUAGAUGACGUAUUUAAGUUUAAUAAUUCUGGUUUGGGUUUUAGUUGUUGAGUUUUUAUCAAGACGAUCUUCUUCCGGCGUCAUCCUUCUCGGAGUUUUAUGAUGUUGCAGGUAGAAUUAUUCAUGUGAUUUUUGAUGAUCUAUUUGUGUACAACAUUGGCGUGAUUCUGCAGCAAAUGGUCGUCAACUUCAUGAAUAUUGACAUUAUAGGAUUGCCACAGGAGCACGACAUAUAAUGAAAAGAAUGAACAUUAUUUCCUUACUCUGAUAACUGCAGGUUGACCACCAUCUGCUGCACGAUAGUGUUUGCCGUGAAACACACAUUGGGUUAAGAUUUUAUUUUCAAACUUCUCUUUAAUUAACUCGACGCCAUAUUUUUAGGCUUACUUGGAGAACUCGGCGAUCCAGCGAAAUUCAUGAAAGAUGUUUUCAACUCUCUUCCAAAGUAAGUUUCGGCAAAGGUAAAUUUUGGGCUACUAUGUCUGUGGAAUGUUUAAUGUUGAUGUCAUAUUUUUUUCAUCAUAGGUGAGUUGUUGGAACAAAUGAAAUGAAAGAAAGACAACGUAAUAGACGUAAUAAAUUUUGCAAUUGUUACCUAGAUUAGUUUAGUACAUUAUUCUUCACAUUGUGUUUAUCAAUAAAAUUUGAUUAUGAAGUCAUUGUUUUUCUUUGGAGGAACUUCUUUGCGCUUAUCCUGAC